AUGGCCACUUCCGAACAUCCGCAUCGUCCAAGCCGCCGCGAAGAUUUCGAGAUCGCCAUCGUUUGUGCCCUGCCAAUCGAGUUCGAUGCCGUCGCCCUCACACUUGAUCAAUUCUGGGACGAAGCUGGCGACCUCUAUGGAAGAGCAGUAGGAGAUCAAAAUAUGUAUACCACAGGCCGCAUCGGGAACUAUGAUGUCGUAUUAACCCUCCUCCCUAACAUAGGGAAGGUCAGUACGGCGGGUGCGGCUGCUAGCCUUCGUGCGAGCUAUUCUCGGCUGAAAGUAGUCAUUUUGGCUGGUAUCUGCGGUGGAGUACCUGGUGUGGGCAGCAAGCAAGAGAUUCUGCUAGGAGACGUGAUCAUCAGCAAGCAAGUUAUACAGUAUGAUAUCGGUCGGCAGUAUCUAAGCUAUUUCAUGAUCCGGAAAACUCCACACGACAUCCUCGGUCGGCCAAAUCGAGAUAUUCGCACUCUCAUCACUAAUUUCCAGACUGACCAUAUUCGCCGCACGUUGGAACGAGAAACCGCCCGGUUCCUGCUUGAAUUGCAGGAGAAGGCCAAGAGCCAGGGGUCAGAGACUCAAUACGAAUACCCAGGUCCAAAUGAAGACAAGCUCUUCCAAGCGGAUUAUAUCCACCGACACCGUACGCCAGAAGGGUGCGAUUGCCUUUCAUUGUCUCAUGGUUGUAAGACGGCUAUCGCAGCUUCUUGCGAUAAAAUGCUGUGUGGUAUGUCUUAUCUUCUCGUAAGGCAGCGGCUUGAAAACAUCAAGCAGCAGGAAGAGUCUCUUCGAAUUGGCACGGAAGUCACCAACACGGCCUACAAUCCAGCCAUCUUUGUCGGCGUGGUCGGAUCAGGCGAUGCGGUGAUGAAGUCCGGUGUAGACCGUGACAGGAUUGCUGCAGAACACGAGAUCAUCGCAUUCGAGACUGAGGGUGCCGGCCUCUGGGACGAGGUACCAUCUAUUGUGGUCAAAGGGGUGUGCGACUAUGCGGAUAGCCACAAGAACAAGAGAUGGCAACCUUAUGCAGCGGCCACGGCAGCGGCGGCAGUGAAGUCGUUGCUUGGACGCUAUAUCCGGACUGACAAGCCGGCAAAUCGGAUUCCAUCUCCUAUUAGUGACAUCCAGACAGGAGUUUCGCGUCAACCCUCGGCUGCAUAUUGCUCAGAACUAGAAAUACGAGAGGCUUUCUCUGAGUAUUCAAAAAUUCUGACAGCACGAGACCGAGAGCCAGCUAAUUUUGUCUCAGUAGUCGGUGAACGGCUCAAUGACUCGUUCGCCGAAAACUGGCUCAUAAUUUUCGAUGGCCUUGACGACCACUCUGCAAUUCCUAUGGAAAGCUACAUCUUUCCGCACCUGCCAUCCGGCAAAGUCUUGAUAACUACCCAGAACGCCAGCAUCUGCGAUCGGAUCAAUGCAAAUCACAUUAUGCAAGUAACUCCAUUGGAUGAGGAGGCCGCUGAAAAACUUCUCCUCCUGACAGCUGCGAGAACGGCCUAUGUCAACACAGCCAAUGUUUCCGAGUCUGCUGGUGAGGUCCAAGCGAGAAAACAGGUACUGCGAGAGCUCGGGUAUCUCCCAGCGGCGAUAUCUGUUGUCGGUGGCAUCCUCCGCGGGUCUCUUGGCUCUCUCCAGAUCAGUUGUGAAACGUAUCUUCAACGCAACAACGAAGCCAGAGACAAAGACCUCGAAGAGAGUCCAAUUCUGACUACUUACCGCUCAGUUUGGAAAGCAUUUGAGAUCUGUUUUCAACAUUUUCUUUCUGAUCAGGCCACCAAUUCUAAACGCGCAGCGCACCUCGCAUACUUCGUGGCCUCCUUCGAGGAUGCAUCGAAUCUCAAGGAUGGCGUCCAGCUGUAUCGCCUAGCCGCUCGUCAAAGAGAUCAAGUGCAAAUCGACAGCGAGAGUACUGGCUCCAAAGUCAUGAGGGAACUGCAUUUCUUAGAUCACAACUUCUUCCGACGCUCCUUCGACAAGUUGGUAUCAGCCAAUUUCAUUACAGGGAACUGGACCAAAAGCGGAGAUGAUCACGUACCGUACAUCGAGAUGCAUUCUCUGUUUAAGAGAUGGUUACAACGGGAACAUACAGGACAGAUCGGCUCCCUCCUCCGCCCGAAACUGUGGCUUCUGGGUUUCGGCAUGUGUAAGCAACUGGAACAAACUGUAGUUGAGACGGACCGACACAGUUCGCUCAAAUCUGAACUACGAGCAAGUAUUGCGACCCACCGAGUAUAUUGUUAUGAUAAUGCUGUCUCGGACCAUGAAGCAGUGGUGCCGUUUGUUUUGGAUGCUAUGCGUAGCUUGGCUCAGUCAAUUCAGCAUUUACCGGUCGACACCCAACAACAGCCUCCUUUAGCUAUGUAUUCAGAUAAUUUACACGACUCCAUGAGAGAGAUAUAUGACGAUCAGAUCAAGGCUAUUGACUGGACUACAGUAUCCGACGAGUUCAUCGACGAGUUGAAUGAUCAGGUCGAAUACGCUGUCAGGCAUGAAUCACAGAAGAAGCCAGAUUUCCAACUGGACUUUUUCCUCCAAAAACUAGACGAUUGGGGGUGUCUACCAAUUGCGUUCAGAACCGCCGCUUCGAAUAAGCUUCAACUAUGUGGACAAAUUCAGCCCAUUGAGGAGCUUAAGGACAGAAUUGUCCUUAAUAUCCGGUCCUUGUUGUUGGCUUGUCUUGGCUCAGAAGCGACCGAGGAAGUCGCCGAUAUGUGCCAUGUGCCCCACGUCGAGCGUCGGAGUAUAGGCCAAAGAUGGGUGACGAGAUGGGCAGGUGAUGUAUCAGCGAUAAUUAAACGUGGUUUCGACGAAGCUUUCAGCACUGUUUGUCGGCACGGAAUUGCCCCUGGAGCUCCCACACCAACCACGGAGACAGAGACAGCAGGGACAGAACUUGCGACUCUGUUUGAGGGUUUUUCUUCAUCACAUCCUAGAAACAUAUUUUUUGCUACCCUUCGUCGGGUUAUCGCUGCCCUUACUGAGGAACUAUUGAUUGACUUUGGCGCCCUGGAUAUACUGGAAACGAAGUGUAUACAAAUCAGGGACGUAUGUGAGAGCGCUAUCAGGCGAGGACUUGGAGAUCGAGCUGGCGAAGUUUUCCAUUUCCAGCCUCUUUCCUCGGAAGCAAAUCAUCCUACGGGCUUCAGCAUGCUUUGGCAAUUGGCCUGGGGUGGCCGUGUUGCAGGUGGUCUUACCGACUGA